AUGAAUUCUGAACACGGUCACGCGUCUGUUCCGAGGCGGCCGUCGUUCGCAAGAAAGACCAGGUCGCGCUUCUGUCGGUGGGGAAAAAUCGAGCAUGGAAGUUUGGGCUCGUUCAGUCUUGGCAAGGUGCUUAUCGACUGCAAGCUGCGCUGCGGUGAAUGUCAAUGGGGCACGUUAGGCGAGCCGGCCACGCCAGCGGGAAUUAUAUAUGUCGACCUCAGCUUCAUCCAGCCAGAGAAAUAUACAUUGGCAUCAGCGAGUGUGUGUAUAUCUUUCGAGGACUAUGAGGAGCACGAGGAGCGCCCCCGAUCUCACCGGCGGGGACGCAGAAGCAAGGAGGACGUGAGGGACGCGAUGGUCAGUCGACUUGCUGUCACAGAGAAAUACGGCCCAAAAAUGAUCACUGGCACGCCGUCUACUCGUAAAGAAAAAACCACAAUCAAUGCCACGCCAGAGUUCGGCGCUGGUGGUUGCAGCAUUGGCGGAAUCGGUUUUAGGUCUGAAAAGACGACCAACCGUUCGAGCCGGUGGAUUCUGAGCAGCCAACCUCUUGCCGGCCGCAGCCGACACGGUAUUCCUGGGGUCGGCUACAACACCAUUAUCUGGAACUUGGAGGAAAACGAUCUCAUCGCGCAGCCUCUACAUAGCAACGUGUUUCACACCGGACUCGCCAUCACGCACGAGGCGCGACCGUUUUACAUCAAGGUCCAGAUAGCAGGGAAGCUCCGGAAAUUGACGGACCGCCUGAAAUACCAGUUUCCCGCCCGAGCUCAUCAGGAAGAAGGAAUAGCCCUCACACUUGUGAACCUGGGCCCUGAGCAUCAGUCUGAAGGCUCCUUGGACUCCGUCGCGGAGGGCCUGGCUACGGCCAUGAAAUGGAAGAACGAACACGAGGUUGCGUCCGUGAUGCCAGAUUCGCAGUCCGAUAUUUCAUUUUCUAGUGGAACACGGACACUUGUGAACUCUGCAGCUGAUGCGACGCUAAGAGAGGAGCCUCCUGUGGGACUACCGUCAAGUCCUUCCAGCAGUUUGUCCCAGCGAUCUACGACGGACACAUUGUUAGGGGCCCUUGAUAUGUUUUCAGCUUCAGAGAAAUCAGAGAUACGGUCUGAUAUCAAGCAGGCCUAUGUCUCUCCUGCUACGGCUGAACUACAGAAAGCUCGCGUUUCCAUAUCGCCUUCGGAUGAUGCUCUCAAAGAAGAAGCUGCAAUGGUGGAGGAAAGGCUUCGUCGGUUGUCGGAAUACCCCACCGUCGUGAUGAUGAUGCAUCUACUUACACUGUUAUUAGAUGCAUUAAACCCGGUGAAACCCAAGUUGAAGAGGGGUUGA